GUCCUCAAAAUAUGUCAAACUCAUGAUGAUAAACUAUUCAAAAGCCUGAACUAGAGGUACAUGCGUCCAUAAAUACAAACGUUCAAAUGAUUUGUUCAAAGCUAAUAGGAAUAUAACAGGAAAAAUGAAGCUGGUGUUGGUGCUUCUUAUUGCUUUGACAGACAUUGUGACGUGCAAUGGGAAUGCCGUUGGUAAAUAUCAUGUAUCGGGCCAUAUCAGUGAUGAAAUAUCGGAGUUAAACGCAGAGGCGGCGGCGUGCGAUGGAGACCUCUUAGGAAAGUGUGAUAUAUCGCGCCAUAUCAAGGAUCAAAUAUUAGAGUACUACGUUGACUGCAGUGAUCGAGACCUCACAGCUGUUCCAAACAAUCUGCCACUAAAUACAACUUGUUUGAAUAUGAAUGGAAACAAAAUAUCUAAAAUCAAUGGAACAUCAUGGCAAAGGUAUAAAUUAUUAAAGAAAUUAUCAUUAGCUAGGAACAUGAUAGACAGAGUUCACGGUGGGGAUUUUGCUGGACUACUAAUGUUAGAAAUGCUUGAUUUAAGUUUAAAUCAAAUUAGAUAUUCCAAUAUAGCUAGGAAUGCGUUUCGACCGUUGAAAAAAUUAAUUUACUUAGAUUUAAAGCAGAACCUAUCUAAUAUCUGGAGUAAUGAGACCUAUCCCGUUACCCUUAACCAUCUGUAUUAUCUUCAUACCUUGGUUAUCGACGGACUUGGUACACAACCACUGCCUUACAUGGCGAAUGUUAUCGAGUUGUAUAUGUCUGGAGAGUACGGUAGAUGUAACAUUCCAAAUAUCAACGGAAGUUUCUUUGAAAACACCUUAGGAGUUCAAAACUUAUUCCUGUCAAAAUGUUUGAUCAGGAAAAUAGAAUUUAACACUUUUAAGCUUCUUCGAAAUAUAACAUCUCUAGACCUGUCAUGGAAUAUCAACCUUGGCAUAGAAUCUGUGCCAAAUAUUACCAGUGGAUUGAAUGGAAGCAAAACAUUGAAACGUUUGAACUUAAACACGUUGUAUGAUCACUCACAAUUCGAUUUUUGUUCGUCAUUAAACAUAGAUGAUGUUAGAUAUUUAUCUAACACUUCCAUUGAGCUGGUUACAGUUGAAAACAACAAUCUUGUGCGCAUGGAUAUAGCCUCAGUAAAACAAUGGCCUAAGUCUAUUAAGUACCUCUCAGUUCAGCAUAAUAUGUUUUUGUAUGGUAAUUACACACCGUAUCUGAUAUUGAGCGGUGCUUUGAAUAAAAUAGUUUAUUUGGAUAUAAGUCGUAUGGCAGCUUCUAAUCGCCCAAUCUCCUCUCCCAGAUACAGUGUUUCAAUGAAGAAAAAUUAUGAACAACGAUUGCAACCAAAUACAUACGAGACUUGUCAACCAGAAAUAACAGUUAGCAAUUUUCACUCUUUGUGUAUGUCUAUGUUCACUCGUAAUCAAUUUCCGGACUAUUUCCAAGUAAUCGAAGACAAACUUAAACAACGUGAUAUCGGAACAGAUAACAUAAUAAUUGAUUCUCCAAAAAUCUAUUCACCGAGUAAACUUGAAUAUCUGGACAUAUCUGACAACCUCCCGGUACUGAUUGAAAGAGUGUUUGAAAUAUUUCCUAAAAUUCCUAAUUUGAAAGUCCUAAAUGUAUCCAGAAAUUAUCUAGGGUACCCCUUAUAUGACGGCGAUGCUAUUAUAGGACAUCUGAAAAAUUUUCGUACUCUAGACCUUAGUGAUAAUAAAAUUAUUCAUUUAAUGCCAAACAUAUUCAACAAUCUUACAAAACUUGAAAAUCUUUAUUUAUCACAAAAUAAAAUAAGUAAUAUCACGUUUGAAUUAAGCUAUUUGAAAAAUCUAAGUUAUUUGGAUCUGGAAGUCAACAGUCUGGAAUCUAUCAAUUUGGCUGCUAGAGAUGCACUUGAUAAAUUGCCAAACAUAAAAAUCAACAUUGCGAGAAACAAUUUAAAAUGCGUAUGUGAGAACAUAGAGUUUUUCCUUUGGGUUAAAAAACAUAAAGAUAAGUUCGCAAAAAUAGAAGAAACAAACUGUAAGUUCAAAAAUUCUACGUCGGUGUCACUAGCAACACUAAAUUAUGAUCAAUUACGAUUAGAAUGUUCGAGUUAUCUAACAUUAAUUCUCAUUGCAAGUUUGUCUGUUCUUUUCUUUAUCAUUAUUCUAAUAUGUGCGCUAGUCUACCGAUUCCGAUGGAACCUCCGAUAUUUGUAUUACAUGACAAAAAUGAAACUCUUCGCUGAUUACCAACGAAUGAAUGAUACUGAAUACGAGAAAGAUGUUUUUGUCUCAUACGCUGAUGAAGACCGUGGAUUUGUAAUUCAGCAGGUAAAACGCGAAUUAGAGGAAAAAGGUGAAAUUUCUUUAUUAAUUCAUGACCGAGAUUUCCGUCCAGGCGAAUAUGUAGUUGACAAUAUAUUGCGAGCGAUCACCUCCACGCGCAGAACGCUCAUUAUUCUAACGAAAGACUUUGUGAGAAGUAAAUGGUGUAUGUAUGAAUUAAAUAUGGCCCGAAUGGAAGCAGCGGAUACUGGCAGAAAUGUUCUGUGUGUCAUCCUGAAAGAGGAUAUACCACUUAAACAUCUGCCAAUAGAAAUAAUAGACGUUUUACAGAAAAAGACAUAUUUAGAAUACCCAACCAUUGAAGACAAUUUGCAGGGAUUUUGGGACAGAUUAAGAGUAACUCUUAAGAAUAAAAUGUAAUAAUUCGUAAGUGACGCGAUCAUCCUUUGUACAGUUCUCUAAGGCAAUCACAUUAAUGACAUUGACCAUGUUGUAGAUUUUAUUAUGAUAAUUGAAGGAAUGGUUCCCCAGUGUGCCAUUUCAUAUUUUCUGUCUUAAUAUAGUACAAUCAUGUUAUUUCUUAAUCUUGAGCAGAGUAAUGAUACCACAUUUCCAAAAUAAAUGAGCCGCGCCAUAAGAAAACUAACAUAGGGUCUUUGCGACCACGCAGUCUGGCUGUUAGCUAACAGUGUCUCUAAUUGCAUUCAGGUUUGAAAGCGAACAGUAUGGAUCCUGACCAGACUGCGAAGACGCACAGGCUUUUCUGGAUCCAUACUGGUCGCAAAGGCACUAUGUUGAUUUUCUCAUGGCGCGGCUCUAAUACAUUUGUACAAAUUUACAUAUACAGGCGUUUCAUUGAAAAUUUACCAAUCAUUUUUUCAAACCACACAGAGGUAUUCUCCGCAUGGACUAUGCAUCUGUGAUGCUAUUGUGCUAAUAGACUACGUAUCUGUGAAGAUAUCAUGCGAAUACACUAUGUAUUUGUAAAGGUAUUCUGCUAAUACACUAUGUAUCUGUAAAGGUAUUCUGCUAAUAUCUGUCCUGGACUAAGUCUAAACCAUGUCGGCGAUUUUGUUCAUCAACAUUAUAUACGAGGUGACUCACGAAACAUCCAAAAUAUGCUCGAUUUGACUGAAAUAGACGAUAUUUGUUUGUUUCAGUGCAAGAUUGAAAUAUUUAUCACGGGUGAACAGGAGAUAUAAUAUUUUCACGAGUGAAAAAGUAACAUAUGGUGUUCAAAGUGAAAGAUAUUCUGAUCUUACAUGUAAAGCAAUUUUUUCUGUUUAUUUCAUGAUUUGGCUAAAUUUACCCAUUUUAUAGUUUCUUAUCAGUCUGUGAAAAUACCAAAUACAUUUCGAAAAUUCGCUAUAAAACAGGUAAUAAAUCAGAAUAUUCAGCUGUCCGUGGAUAAAUACGAUUGUACUUCACUUGUUACCCACCACACUAUACUUUUUCUGGGCCAAACGUUUGAUGUUUCUUCAUGUAAGAUGUGUUUAUAAUGUUUUAUUCCAUUUAGUUGUAAUUAUAUACUUUCUGUACAUGUAUGUCUAUAUAGAUUUUGUUAGAUUUUUUUGCAUUUUGUAGAAGUGUGUUUUCAUGUUUCCAUUAUCUAUUAUAAGUUACUUUUUCAGUUCAGUUUAUAUUUGUUGUUCCUUAAAAGCAUAAAACAGAGGAAAAGUUCGUACGUAGAAUUUUAGUAGUACUGUACUUAAUUUUGAAAAAAGAGACAUCAUUUAAAUAUUACUGAUACAUAAAUAUCUUUGUGUAUACCUUCUAUCUCCCCAUGUCUGAUGAUUUUUUAGCUAGUCGAAACACUUAAAUUUUGCCUAAAUACGAGAAGACAAAUGUAUUUACAAUUGAUCCGUUAUCUUGAUAGAAAAUCAACAAAAGUUUUGCACCCUGUCAUUGUACUAAUUUACUUUCUCUAAAUGUAAGAAAAAAUUUUAUGUUUAUAAUAUUCACAGUAAUUCUUUUCUUCUUAAUAUUUAUUGUCAUGAUUACAAACAAAUGCUUUUUAUUCAUAACAUUUACUGUCAUAAUCAUAAGGCAAUGUUUUUGUUUAGCAACAUUUAUUUUUGUCAUUAUAUGUUUCUUUUGACCUGGAUGUUACGUUUUCCUGCUGAAGACGCAUUUCAUAGAACCUACUUUUUGGUGUUUCUUCGUGUUAUGAGUGUAUAUAAUUUUAUAUACCAUUUUUCAAUAAUUUGAUGCUUUAAGAAAAUAAGUGUAUAUAUUAGUUUGUAACAUAAUGUAAAGUUUCUUUUGUUUUAUUAUCAAAUUUAAGUUUGUAUCUGUUGUUCUUUAAAAAUAUCAAACAGAGAAAACUUCGUACAUACAUAAUUAUACCCAAAGAAACUAGUAUCUUGGGGUCUAUACUGGAUGUCCGUCCGUCCGUCUGUAGACGGAAUUUGUCCGGGCUGUUUCUCAACAAUUAUUUGCCAGAUUUUAAUCAAACCUUGUAAUUAUUAUCAGCACCAAGCCUAGUUGUGCAUGUGCGCAGCGGGUUUGGAUGAUUUUUCACUUAGUUAUGGCCCUUUAUUAGUUAUUUAUUUAUAUGUUUUUAUCCUCGCUAUUUCUCGGUCCUUAUUUGCCAGACUUUUAUUAAACCUUGUAAUUAUCAUUGCAACAAGUCAAGUUGUGCAUGUGCAAAGCACGCUCCAUUUGAAUGAUUUUUCACAUAUAUAUAUGGAAAAAAAUUGCCCACGCUAUUUCUCAGUCAUUGUAUGCCAGAGUUUUAUCAAACCUUGUUAUUAUUAUAUCAGUACCAAGUGUAGUUGUGCAUGUGCGAAGCACAUUACAUUUACAUUUCACGAAGUUAUAGCCAAAUGUUUCAAAUAUGAAUAGAGACGCACUGGAAAAAAAAACUUCAAUUAUUUUCUAAUAUAUUUCAUAUGUUGUUAAAUAGAGAUGGUACUUAAAAAUUCAAAUUCAUAUUUACAGCUUUUUUUGUGGUGUGGAUUGAUAGCUAAGUGCAUCAGUCUACUAAAUAUCUUUAUGUUGUUCCUCCUCCUCUCCAUGUAAAAAUAUAAAUAUUUGAUAUUUAAAAAUAAUGACCUGCUAAAAAUAUCUGAAGCAAAAUGGACAACUCUUGUAUUGACAGUUUUCAUUGAUUUUGGGAUUUACCCAAUUAUAGUCUAUAUCAAAAGUCAUAUAGAGUACAGUAUAGGUUUAGUAUGCUUUUAACAUUUUGAAAGAGCCUAUACUGAAUUUUCUUUUGUCUUUUAGUUAGUAAAUUCAAAUCCAAGACAAGCCAAAGGUCUAACACAUGUGAGUAAAAGAGAAUGACAUGUUCUUUAUUAUAGGCUCACCAAAACCAUACCAAAAAUUGGCCCGGAAGAAGUUAUUAAAGAUUUUAUAGUGUAAACACACCCCUACAUUGUUUUCCACUCAUGAAUGCACUCAGUUCAUGUUAUAAUUGUUGAUAUAAUUGUAAAUGAGAGGCCCUAACAGUUUAAGUUGUAAAUAAAUGUAGAUAUCUGAAGUUACCCUCUAACCUUGUUUACAACAGUAAAUAAAACACCUUAUAGUUUGUUUAAGGUAGUGGACCUGUAACGAAAAUCGUCAUAUUACGUAUUCUCCAUAUGCUUUUCCAGCAUUUUUCAUUUUUUAUGGAAAGCAAUGAUCGUGUUAAGCUACGUCCAUAGAAUGUCGAAUUGCUUACAUAUACAUAAUUACACGAAAAUUGUAGAGUCAUUACCGAUCCUGCACCUUCAAAUGUUGUAAUUAUAUUUGAUGACAGUCACAUUUUGUGUUGCACUAUUUGCAGCAAAGCACUCCUGAACAUUCAGAGAAAUGCUUGUAGCUGUAAAUGGGUACCAGCAAAUUGCUGGGGGUAAGAUAUAAUUGAUUUUAAUUGUUCUUAAAAUAGGGUCGCUCAAAAGCUCUUCAGAGCUUAUGUUCAUUGUUUCACAAAGCGUCGAUAAAUAAAAUAUACCUUUACCUUUGCCUUAACAUUUAACUUCAAAAUGUGUAAAGCAUAAGAAACACUUUCUAAAUGAUUAAUUAAAUUAUGAAUAUAACAACAGUCUAUCUAUGUUGUUACACAUAUGUGAUACCAAUUUAACUUUUCUAUGUUAUUUCUCAUUGUUAGAUACACAUUUCAAAAUUGACUUUCGGUGACCUUGAUUUUGACCAACUGACCUACUGUUUCUGUUUAAGAUAUGUCAAUGAAAUUUGGAGAUCUUAUGCAGUUUUGCACAAAUUUUUUGUGCAUCUUUGUACAUUUUCGCCCUGUACAAUAUACAGGCAAUGAAUCAUAUUUUUAAUACCACUGUUCCUCUGACAAUAAGCUGCUGUCUGGGGGUAUUCAUCACCAUCAGUGAUAGGUAUUGUUUGUAAUAGUCAAUUUUGAAUGUUAAACAUAAAUCUAUAUGUUAAAAUUGAUUUUAGAUGUUAGAUGAUAUUGAAAUUGACUUGUUCAAAUUACAUUUUCUGUUGUCAAUAGAAUCUACAUGCAUUAAAAAGAUAUGAAAA